AUGUCCGCCGCCGACGCCAAGGUGGUCAAGACCGAACCGCUGGACCCCAAGGAUGCCCGCUGGGUGCGCCUGGUGAAAACAACCUACACCGACCCGCUCUCCACUACGCGCGAUUGGGAGUCCGCUGAGCGGCAAACGCGCCCUGCCGGCUCGCUUAUCGACGGCGUCGGCAUCGUCGCCAUCCUGCAGGCCCCCGACGCGCCGCCGUCGCUGCUGCUGCAGAAGCAGUUCCGCCCGCCCGUCAACGCCAUCUGCAUUGAGGUUCCCGCCGGCCUGAUCGACGCUGGUGAGACGCCUGAGGUGUGUGCCGUGCGCGAGCUCAAGGAGGAGACGGGCUACGUGGGCGAGGUUAUCAAGGAAGGCUUCGGCGUGAGUCCGGUAAUGUGGAAUGACCCCGGUUUCUGCAACACAAACCUCAACAUGGUCCACGUCACCGUCGACUUGACCAAGCCCGAGAACAAGAAUCCCAAGCCUGAGCUUGAGGACAACGAGUUCAUCGAGUGCUUCACCGUCCCGCUCGCCGAUCUCUAUGCCCAGUGCCGCGCUCUUGAACAGCAGGGCUACGCCAUCGACGCCCGCGUCGGCACUCUCGCAGAGGGCAUCGAGAUCGCAAAGAGGUGGAAGCUGUAA